UCAUGGCUGAAGAAUGUUUAGCUGAUUUCGACAACUCUCGCGAUAGUUUCUCAUUGAGAAGACACAAUAACAAACAAACCCGAUCAAGUCAAAGGUGAGAAGCGGUGUCAGUGGUGCAAGUUCGGUGGUGAAUGAACUCCCAACUGCUGGUGAAGAUGGAGAGAUAUGGUUAAAAAUCUCUCCAGAAACAGUGGCUGGCUUCCAUAAAUACCCUCAGGUUAUUUUUGGCGAUGGAGGAGGGGCUCCUCCCGGUCCCGGGUGCUGGACACAGGUGGGCAGGGCGGCGUGGGACGGCAGAGAAGAGAGGAGAGGAGCGGCACUUUAUAGGAGCAGAGCGGAGGAGUGCGUGAUGAAAUGAGAUGUGAAGUGUUCCCUCACUCAGCCCGCAGACGCGUAAAAGAUUUAUCAAGCUGACAGCUCCGGGAAACCAGUUGACGCCCUCAGCCCCAUACCAGCCCCCGGUCGACUACCCCACCAACACCAACAUCCACCCCCCUCCACCCCCCAACCCCUCCUCCUCCUUUUUACACACCGGCUCGCAACCAUUCACCCAGUCAGUCACCUCAGCUGCGACCGGCCGGCUGUAGCGGAGGCAAACAAACAGCCAGCCAGAGCGAUCCCGUCGCGGCUUUCGGCUGAGCAGAGAGACACCGGAGCCGAAGAGGAGAAUGGGACGCCGGUGCUUGGAUCAGGACUGAGUCUGGUCGGCACAUUCGAGCUCCUCCGACCCGUUUCCAAGUCCGUUUCUCCCGACUGAGAGUCACGUUUUCACGGCGAACACAAUGGGCUGCUGCAGCGGACGAUGCACCCUCAUCUUUAUUUGCACUUUACAGUUGGUCUUGGCUUUAGAGAGGCAGGUCUUUGAUUUCCUGGGUUACCAGUGGGCCCCCAUCCUUGCCAACUUCUUCCACAUCAUCAUUGUCAUCCUCGGCCUCUUUGGCACCAUCCAGUACCGGCCGCGCUACAUUGUGGUGUAUACAGUAUGGGCAGCUCUAUGGGUGGCCUGGAAUGUCUUCAUCAUCUGUUUCUACCUGGACGUAGGAGGCCUGUCCAAGGACAGCGACCUGCUGACAUUUAACAUCUCAGCCCAUCACUCCUGGUGGAGUGAACACGGGCCAGGCUGUGUGAGGAGAGAGAUGCCGCAGGCUCCAGGGGUCCACACCACAGAGAGCCACUCCUACAUCACCGUCAUGGGCUGUCUCAUGGACUACCAGUACAUCGAGGUCGUGCAUAGCGGCACGCAGAUCCUUGUUGCUCUCCUGGGCUUCGUGUAUGCUUGUUAUGUUGUCAGCGCUAUCACCGAGGAGGAAGACAGCUUUGAUUUUAUUGGUGGAUUUGACCCAUUCCCACUCUACCAUGUCAAUGAGAAACCAUCUCAUCUCCUCUUAAAGCCCAUGUACCUGUCUACGUAAAUAGAAGAGCGUCCAGGAGGGAGGUGACACAGCAAAUUCCCACGGAGACAAAAUGGCUGUUUUGACACAAGUGUCCCAGUGCACUGGGGCACGCCAGACAUUCCUCCCCCUCUUGAUUUCAUCUUUUCAGUACUUUAAACAUGUCAUUUACUGGUGCACUGCCCAGAAAAGCCAACACUUCUCAGUUAGGGUUCAUUGUUUUCCGGGGAGGGAUGACGGGUUCAGGGAACAGGGGGGGGAUUACAGUGUAACAAAGCCGCAUAUUGUGUAUUUAGGGAAAUAUCAAUCAUUUUCUUUGUCUUGAGUUCUCUGUUGAGGCCUCAAUGCUGUGACCUGCCCAUAAAGGUUUACUACUGCCCAAGAACAUGACUGUAUAGAACAUGUACGGCAUAUAAAUACAUUGUGUAUGUAAUCAGGAGCUGCCCAGCAUUCCCAGUUUGUGGUACUGUGUCUUAGAGGACGCAGUGAUUUAGCAUGUUAUUGCUGGUUUGGCUCAGAUCUUGGCCGGAGGGCUGAAUUACAGUGGAGUCUGUGGAAUGAGCUAUUGUGCGCAGCCUGUUUACUUUAGGCCAGGAUCUGUGUGCAUAAAUACACAAGCAAGGCAGGAAGAGGCAGGGAGGGAGUGGAGAGGUGGAGGGGAGGGGAGGGAACAAAAGAACCAAACCUACAGGGGCAUCUGUCAAAAAUAGAAAAUGUAAAUAAUGAAACAAGGGGAAGAAGAAUUCACAAUUUAGAGUGUGAAAUGUGAACUAUCAGAAAUGCAGGAAGAGCGUAUGAGAGGUGUUCAGAAACAAGGAAUGGCAUGUGAGUCUUAAAUUUUUAUUUCCGGAGUCUUAUUAUUGUGACUAUUUUCACCAACAGCCAAGUCAUUGUUUCUGAAGUGUCAGGUGUUUGUGUUAGACGGUGUGCUGAAAGCUUUGUUUUCACUUCAGUUCUUAUCCUCUAAACUGCUGGCAGAGCUUGCUGCUGACAGGGAUGAUCAUUACACACACUCAAGAAAAGGUUACACAGCUUAUUUUUAACUUCAAGAAACAAUAGGAAUUGUUUUACUAGUCAUAUUGCAAACAGCAGUGUUGAAUUGUAUGGGUAUGGUCUUCAGUGUAAAAGUAGCAUGGUGAUACCUGAGCAGAUCAGUUCAACAGUUAGGAUUCUCAAUGGUGAUAGUCUCAGUUGUGAUUGUUUUAUAGCAUGUUUUUACAGGGUUUGUAUUGUAAUUAUGUGUGUAACAUAUAAAAAUAAUGACAAAACUCUUCAACUGGCUGCAUAUGAGCUGGUUAAACUGUAACUGUAAGUCGUUUCCUGCUUACAUCUCUUUUUAUUUUGACCCAGUAACAUUUAGACAAAAGUGCACACACGUGGGUCACAUCUCUCUAAACUGAUUGGUAGCACUUUUCUUUGCUCAUGUUCGAAAAAUCAGAACUUAAGUCAACCUGAGUCAGAUCCCCAGUUCGCUGUUUGUGUGAAUCACUACAGCCCUCUGGUGUUCAAAGUGUUCAUGUACAAGGUGCGGCACUGCUCUUCCAUAAGUCUCCAUGUUUUGUCUUAAACUAUUUUUUUUUUUCCGUUUGCAGAUAACAUUAAAUCUCAAAAUAGUAUGUUUUUACUAAGUAAUUAUGUUAGAGGAAUCAGCGCUUUGCCCUGGUUGUUACUUACUGCAUGUUUUCAAAGUUACACCUGGUCCGUCUCUUUAUCAUUUAGUUUUAAGAUAUGUUGUCACCCACUAAAUCUGAAUCUGGAACAUGUUUUGGUGCUGAGUUUGCAACUGUCUGCUUAGCUUCUCUUUCUUUUUUUUUUGUGAUCAAAAGAGUUGUGAACAAAGAAGUUGCUUUUUGUUCAUUCUGUUCGCAGUCGUUUUUGUCUGUUGUCGACACCCAAAAAUAUCCUGCUGGGUGUCAGAUUUCUCUGUGAUAUUAGAUGUUCUUCACUGACAGAUAGACAGUCCACAAACUGCAAUGAUGAUGAUGCAAUGAUUGUGAAAAUCAUCUUGGACACGUGACCACUAAUUUCAGUAUGAUGUAAGUGAACUAUUUUGAUCUGAUUGGUCACUACUCUGUUGGCAAGAUGCAAUAAUUUAUGUCAUUAUUGUCUCUAUUAUUUAAAGUUUACGCACUCCUGGUAGGUGAACUGGUGUGUGUGUGUAGUAAAAACACAAAGCACCUCAUAUUGUAACAUAAUCAGUAUUAGUAGCAAAAGCUACUAAAAUCAUGAUGUAAAAACUAGUCUUCCUCUCAGUGCAAUACAGCCUCUUCCUAAACGCCGGUGACUGGAAUUAGUUUAAACCUGUUAUGGUUGUGUAUGUGCUAGUCUCCACUGAAAAAGAUUCCACCUCUUUGUAGAUAAUUCUUUUUCUUUGUAUAGAAAGUGGAAAAGCUCUCUUUUUUUGUAUUUCUCUCUUCUAUUUUGUGUCCAGUGUUGCCCUAAACCCCAUGUGAUCUGAUUGUGUAAUCCAAUUUAUCCAGAACUGUGCUUUGUGGUCAUGUAAAUAGGUGUUUUAUUAAUAAAAGAAUGUGCUCUUUUAA